UAUGCUCAUUGUCAAAGGGACGUGAGACACGCGCGUUCUUCGUGUCCAAGAUGGUAUCAAAAUUUCGAAAAAAAUUAUCUUUGUGUGAAACCGUGAUUCAAUCGUCUUUCCGUGCGUUUCUAAAGAUAGAAACAAACGGAGAGCGCUACAGUGUAUUUAAAUUUGAGAUCGACCUUGAGAAAUCGUAUCUUGAGAAACACAUAUCUCCGUUCGAAAAGUAGCAACUGACUUCGAACGAAAAGGGUACGAUAGAUCACGCUUCUUUAUUUUAUCUUUCUUUGUAACUGACAUCUUAUCACGCUACUCCGUCUUUUAGUUCCCUCUUUGUGCGUUCAUCGGUUCGUCUCGUUCAAGCGCGCGCUGAUCUCUCGGUCCGUUUUGUUGUCGCGCAUGCGCGAGCGUGGUUAUAAAGGGACGUACGGCGCAGCGCGCGUCAGUCGUUGAGUUAUCGCGGUAGGGCAAGCGUUGUCGAUAGUUUUCCACGUGACAAGGAGCAGAGUACGAAAGAACGUUUUUACGAGUUAAUCGAGUACGGAAGUAGAUAAACGGAGAGGACGCACGCAUCGUGCGUCCCCGAGAUCGCUGUCAUCACGCGUUAAUCGCCACGGCGUUGACGGUGGCUUUGCGUCGACCAAGCGCUAUGAAAUAACGACGGUCCGUAGCAAUUCGACGAGGCGGCGGAUAGCGGCGGCGUCUCGAUUGCAAGCGUCCGUGCUCAGUCCUCAGUGUAGGCUAGCCGGUCGCUCGGCGAUCGUUUUUACGAUUUUUCCAAGCUUCUCAUCGACCACGAUUUUUCACCGUCGUCGCGCGGACCGAUCUGCAACGCAGAGACGUAUGUACAUAGGCACAUAUGACGAGGGCAUCGCGCCAAAAUCUAUCUCUAUAUCAUAAUUUGGACUACGACGCGCGUCAUCGUUAGCGAUAAACAUCUUCCUCGAUACAGCACGACUCGGUAUAAGUCUUCUUAUAACGGCUUCCCGUACGUCCCGUGGUGAGGUUAGCUCCGGAAAGAGCGGCGAUACGAUUCGAUCACCGGCUUUGCAGCAUUUGUCAACGCAUAGUUUUCAAGGUCGAUUCACGAGGGACCUCGAGGUCUUGACGUCGAUUCUCGCGUUCCUGCUCGCGUUAACACGAGGAUCUUGACCGAAAGAGAGAAAGAGAGGAACACGCAACAACAAACAUGGCUGCUGCGUCAUACGCGUGCUCUCCCAACUGCACGGAGGCGGGAUUUUUUCCGUAUGACAUUCUGGGAGGAACGGACGCGUGGUCUUCAUGGCACGAGAUGAUCGGAUAUUUCUCCUACAAUCCGUGGAUAUUCUCUUUAUUGGGUAGCACCGUGGUCGGCCUCACCGGCAUCUUCCCCUUGUGGCUCAUCCCCAUUCAGGAUGGCGUCGAUCUUAAAGCAGAUGAAAACUGCGGCACUUUAAAGAUUCUUCUAAGCUUUGCCAUGGGCGCAUUAUUAGGCGAUGUUUUUCUACAUCUCUUGCCGGAAGCAUUUGAGAGUGAAUUACAAAUGAGAGCCAAGAAUAAUAAUUCAUCCAUGCCCGCUGGGCUGGCGGUGUUGUCGGCCUUUUUGUUCUUCGUGAUCAUCGAAAAAUUCGUCACAACUAUAAAUGAGGAAAUGGCAAUCAUUCCAGAAAAUCAGAUUGAUGAAACUCUAAUUAAUGAUGUAAAUAAAGAAAAAGAGAUGGAUAAUAAUAAUUGUAUUACGUUGAACACGGGGAAAAAUGGUUUUGCAAAAAAACGCUUUAAAAAUUCGGCCGAGAUACAACUUUUCCUGGAGAAACAAUAUGGCAAGGAUAUACAAACUCCAAAUCAUAUUAAAGGUUCACGAAAGAAUGGCUUUAAAGAUGUUGAUAUUAUGAAAUCUUCAUUGUCAAGUGAAUGUCCUAAUGAUGGUCCAUUAGUUGACGAAGCAAAGAGUUGCUUGAAGAAGCUUGCAAAGAGCAACGGUUUUGCGGCAACAAUCUCACGUCCUAAUCCUCCGCAUGUAAUUCCAUCAAAUAAUAUGCGUUUAAUCGCAUGGAUAAAAAAACUUACAUCGAACUUGUUCCGUAAAUUUUUCAAUCCUAAGGCCUUUCCUGGAUACCUCAAUCUUUUGAUGAAUUUUCUUGAUAAUUUUACUCACGGUUUAUCUGUGGGUGGAUCGUUCCUUAUUUCCUUCCGCGUAGGUGUCCUCAGCACAUUUACUAUUUUGGUGCACGAAAUACCUCAUGAAGUUGGCGAUUUUGCUAUUUUGUUACGGAGCGGAUUUAGCAGAUGGGACGCUGCGCGGGCGCAGUUAUUCACGGCCGGUGGUGGAAUCGUUGGUGCUUUAGCUGCUGUCUCUUUUUCUGGUGGUUUAGAGCAAAGAACCAGUUGGAUAUUACCAUUAACUGCAGGAGGGUUUAUACAUAUUGGUCUGGUAACUAUCUUGCCCGAUUUAUUAAAAGAAACAAAUACAAAAGAAUCAUUGAAACAAUUCAGUGCUUUACUUUUUGGGGUUAUUGUUAUGGCCGCAUUGAUGUUUGUUUAAGUGAAAUAUAUAUUAAAUAAUUUCAUUAGAGGAUUAUAGUAAAGAGAAAUUCUAUUAUGCUAGUAUAUACUGAGUACAAUUUUACCGGACCUAUAUGUUUUGGUAUAUAUCAUCAGUACAGUACUCCAAAGUUGCCAUAAAAUUACUUAUUGCUCAAUGGAAAUAGAAUUCGGGAAGGAAAACUAGCGACGAUAAACGACUGACCAAACUCAUGUAUAAUCAGAUUUAGCCUAGUUUAUAAUAUUUUAUCUCUUUGUUUUAAAUAUUUUAUAUCUCUCUGUUUGAAAUAUUUUUUCUCUAACAUAUUGAAAUAUUUAUUAUAAAGUCUGAAAUGAUCGUUAGUUUUCCGUUCUUGUAUAAUCUUUGAAAAUAAUAAGAUUCAGUCACAGCUUAAAUAAUAAGAUUCAGUCACAGCUUAAAUUUUUUUAUGAUUUGCCGAAAAUCUUAAACCUAAUUUAACAAUGAUAGUGAAGCAAAAUACUUUCUUACAAUAAAUAACAUAGAGAUAUAUAAAGUGUAAUUUGUUAUUUUGUUACAAUUAGAUUACUCCAAUAUUAUCAUGUUAUUAAUGACAAGAUAUUCGAAAUUGUUAUAAACUUCACUAUUAUAAUUUAUGCAUCAAUAUACAUAUUUUCUCAUAAGAGCUGAGAGUAGUAUUUCUAGCAUGUUCUACAAUGUAAUUCAUUUUUUCUGGGACACGACACUGUAAUACUAAUAUAAAAAUUAAAUUUGAAAGCCAAUAUUGACGUAUAAUCAUCUUGUUUUGAAUAAAUUUGAAAGCUAA